AAUAAGCUUCCAUGUUCAUUUUCUCUCUUUUCUCAUCGUAAUAAAACAAAAAUCCUAUCACUCACUCCCAUUCGGUUGCAGAAAUUGUAAAUCCCUGCUAUCUCUCAACUUCUUCAUCUUACGCUUCCGUUUCCGUUUCCGCCGAGUUCACAAGCUCUCUCGGAUCUCUGAGGUGUGAAUCAGAAACAUUGCCAACCUUAAGGAAUGGCAGAACAGCACAAGGAAUCCUCGCCUGCAAAGGAGAAAAAAUCAUCGCUAGAUGAUGAAAUUGGAAAGGAAUUUCUCAGCCCCUGGAAAUCCAUGUCAAUGGCAGAUGACGAUGCAAUGGACUUUAGCUUUGACACUAUUUCUAAAAACAAGAAGAAGACAUUUGACUUUGAAAAACUGGACAUUAAUUUUAAUCUGGAUGGCGAGUUCGACAAGAUAUCAUCUUUUAAGAUGGACAUGUCAGAUCUUGAUUUUACAUGCCCACCAAAGAAGAAUUCCCAGUCUAAGGAUAAAAAAGGAGAUGUUUCUGGUGCAAAAGCAGGGAAACAAGAUGGGUUUAAUUUCUGCUUUGAUUUUAAUGAGUUGGAUAGCUUCAAUCUUGAUUCAAGCUUCAUGAACGUGGAUACUACUUCCAACAGUAACCCAAGGAAAAAGGGAGUAACUACGGAAGGAAGUGAUGAAGAAGGUGCUAAAAUGCUUAAAACCAAUGAUGAUGAAGAUGUUCAUGCUUCUAAUGAUAGCAUGGUCAUGAAAUCUCAGGCGUCAGAGAGGCUGGAAACUUUGAAGGUUGAGACUAUGGUUGCCAAACAGGAUGGUUCUGUUUCAAAAAUUUCAUCCUCUGGGAAUCUUGACAUGCCAAUUGAGAAUCAAACUUUAGAUAUGAAUAGAUGUGAAAGUACAGAAGAAGUUGAUCAAGAAAAAGACUUACCUCAGAAUAUAAAGUUAACAGAAUCAAAAUCUGAGCAGGUUAUCAAUAUGGCAUGUUCCCAGUCAGUAGGUCAGAGUGAUUCAGAACAGCACACUAUCUCAGACCAGCACACAGAGGUUUUUUCAUCCGGAUCAAGAGUAAUUAAUGUUCCAGGAGAUAAACAAAAGGUUAACGAUAAGGCAACAUCUGAGUGUACAAAAAUGUUUUCUUCUGGAGUAAGAGUAAUUAAUGUUUCGGGUGAUAGACAAGAGGUUAAUGAUAACGCAACAAAUGUGAAUUCUGAUAGUCUAGACUUACAAUUAGAGCAUUCCUCCCCACAUCAUAUCACUAUGUCAGAAAACAGUGUUGGAGAAGCAAUUAAUCUAGGUAGCAAUACCCAAGAAGGAAUUACUAACGACUCUCAGCCAGAAAAGAGGUAUACAAGUUGUGAAAAUAUUAAUAAAGCUGAAGCCCAGAAGAAGAUUUCAUGUGACAAUGACAGCAGAGAAAACAAAAAAAUAACUUCAGACUGUUGUCUGGCUCCAGCAAGCAGUAAACCUUUAAUUGAAAAAAUGAUGCCGAUGAAAGAUAAAAAACUCCAAGAUAUGCAGUCAAAUACACUCAGCAAGCUAGAGGACAAAAGGUCUUUAAAACAAACUUCAUCAACAGUGGGGACAAAAUGUAUUUCAUUUGGCAAUAAAAAAAAUGCUGACAUGCCCCUGGGAACCAUCCCUCAAGCACGGUCAAAUGACAUAAGACUUGGAAGCAAAUUGGUAGGUGAUUCCCUCACAGAUUCCAGCAAACUAAUGAGGGAUGCGGCUGCAUUGCUUGGUAGUAAAGAUGAUAUUAAGCGUAGUAGCAAUACCAGGGAGGGCAUUGUUUCUGAUGUUACACCAUGUUCAGGAAAGUUGGCUGGAAAUAAGCAAUCAUUUUGUGAAGUAGUAAAUAAAAGCAAGACCACAUUUCUAGAAAGUGGCAUGUCAACUAAAGAUGUUAGUAUGUUGAGUUCUGAAGUUAAUCAUUCCCACUUAACAGAGAAGACAGCUAGAAUUACUACCCAGGUAUCAGUAAAUUCUCAACCUGAAGCUUCAGCCAAGGAGUCCUCUCAGAAAUCAAGGAUCACUUCCUUAGAAGGAAAUAAACUUUCUUCUUUUAAAUCUUGCAAGAUCACUCCUCCUCUUUCAAGCUUAAAAUCUUCAAGGAACUUUGGAGCUAACAGGGUUUUAACAACUUCUUUACACCAAAAAGAAACAUCCUCCUUAGUGAGCUCCGGCCAAAGUAUGGAAAUACGGGGUAUUACAUUAUCAAAGAAUGGUCAUCUGAUUGACAGUGGUGACAAUCAGAAGCUUUCAACCCCAUUCUUGAAGAGAAAAACUAUUGAGGGUUCUGAAGCAGAUUUUACAUCAUUGAGGUCCGUAAAGCGCAUAUCUCAGUCUCCUAGUAAAAGCAGAAAUUCUAAAGAUUCUUCAGAAGAAGUUUUUGGAGAGGUAGAGAGUAUGGCCAACAACUUACUCCACAAUCAUUCAACCCCUGGACUUAAAAGUCCAUCAGAGAUCAAAGUGAUGGAGCUGGAAAUAUCUGAUUCUGUUCUCAUGGAAGAUAACAGCAAUGUUGAAAAGGCUGAAGCAUAUAUGAAAGAACUUGAAGAUCAGAUUUGUAACAUGCUGAAAAAGAAGCACGAGGAAGCAAAAGAAUUAUUAAUUCGAGCCAUUGUGAACGACAAUAACUUGCUGAUGCUUAAUCAUCCCAUUUAUGAAGAAGAAAUUCGGAAGGUUCAGAAACUUGCUUCCCAGUUGAUGUUUAAGGAGAUUCAAACUUGAUCGGCUGCAAAUUGUGGCAUUCGAAGCUCCCUCUUCCUUAGUACUAUCAAGCACUACCUUUAUCCAGGAUCAGAAGGAAGAAGCCUCGCCAAGACAGAUAGUAAAAUAUUGGGCAAAAGUGUUAAGGUCUCUUACCGCAUUGGGUUCAGAAAUAGCAACGCAACAAGUCAGGACUACCGACUCAGUCGAGUGAGUCCAGGAGGCCCAGAUGCACACCAUCAUGCAUAAUUUCAAGACUAAUUUUGGUGUAUUAUGGUGAAAGACAAUUAUUGGAGGACAAGGGAGAAAAGAUAGAUCCAUUGUGUGUGUUUAAGUUUUGCUAGUAUGAAAUAACCAUUUAUAAUGGAAAUAAAAAAACGAUCCUUUCACAUAGGAUCAUGUUACUGUUAUGACUUAUGAAAAUAAAAGCACAAAGAAAGUUGAUAAAAAGACUUCGUGUGGUACCCGAAGUGUGGCAUGUGAUUCCUGUUAAAGGUCGAAGGAAUAUUUUGUUAGACCUUGUCCGUUGUAACAAAUCCCUUUGAUCCCAACAGAUAACGUAUUUCCUUUUUUAUUUUGAUUUGCUAUCUCACAGUG